CACAACAAACCAGUUUUUUACAGUCCAAAAAAAUUAAUUUAAUUAUUCCUCUAAAUAAUAAGUUAAAAAAAAAUUAAAUAAUGAACACGAUGGUUAAUAUAGUGCAUCCAAAACUGCUCUCAAAACCACCUCUCUCUUCAAAAAAGUUAAAUCCGGUAGAACCAAAUUUAAAGGAUCUCGAAAGUGAAAAUGUUACAAUCGAGAUGUUUAAAAAUAUUCACAAAGAAUUAACAAAGACUAAUGAUUGUAACCAAAAUGUGAUUGAACCGAAUUCCUGUUCUUUUGAACAACUCUGUACAAUGAUUAAUGAUCUCGAAAAAAAUAUGAGUGAUCAGCCAGUUUUAAGGAAAGACUUAGAAUAUGUGCCUCUGAAAUACCAAAUCCAAGUUCAGCCAGAGAAAGAUAUUUCUGUUAAUAAUUGCAUUAAUAGUGGACCAACUUACGAUGAUAUUAUGGAUUUUUUGGGCACAUUGGAACAAGAAGUACCAAAAUAUGAUCAAGCGAAUGAAGGUGGAAAAACGCACGCAAUUCAGGAAUUAUUGUCUAAUGAUCAGCACUCGUAUUGCAAUUCUAAUAACAGAAGCGCAGUGACUAGGACCAUUCCUCAUUCCCAAUUACAAGACGAUCUAGAAACUGCUCGUCUACAAUUAGAAGAAAAGGAAGCGACUCUUAAUUUUUUAAAGGAUGAAUUAAAAACCGAGCGGAAAUCCGCUUGCGAGAAACUCGAAUCGCAAAGAAAAGAACAGAUUUUGGCUCUCCAGGCCCAGAAAUCAAAAUAUCAAGGAGUUGUGAAACGUCACCAAAAAUUUAUAGAGCAGCUGAUUUCAGAAAAAAAGGAUUUGACAGAAAAAUGUAACGCCCUUACUCAAAAAAUUAAGGAAAUGGAGGCGAAAUAUCAACGAGAGAUUAAAGUUUCUCUCGAGAGACAUUCGGUGGAAUUGCAACGAGCGAAGGAACUUUGUGCCGCUUCUGAAAAAAUAAGGAGAGAACGAUGGUUAGAGGCAAAGACGAAUAAGAUUAAGGAAAUGACAGUAAAAGGAUUGGAACCCGAGUUGCGAAGUAUGGCAGAACAACAUCAACUGGAAAUUCAAAAUCUCAGAAGUGCUCAUAUGCAGGAACUUCAAGACGUGGACCUUCGAGCAAUUCGCCGAGCGAAUCAUCAAUUAGAACAACUUCGAAUUGAAUUAUCUGACAGUCACGAAAAACUCCUUAGUGAAGAAAAAGAACUUCUUCGUUCUCGGUACGAAACAAAACUGAAUGAACAAGAAGCUCUUUUUGAUGAAAAGCAAAGGAAAUUUUUUGAGGAACUCCAGCGAGAAAAGGAGAAAUUUUCUUAUGAACAAUUGAAAAGGGACGCAGAACGAGAUGAAGAAAUUCGUCGAGUGACUUCCGAUUUUAAUGAAAAAAUCGAAGCGAUGAUCCAAAAACAUCGAAAUGAAUUGGAAUCUCUACGAAAUUCUUUGAAAACGGAACAGGAAGUGUGGACGGAGAAUCAACAAAGGCAGUUUAAUUUAAAAUUAGAAAUGGCAGAAGCAAGAAUAAGCGAUGAUUCUAAUCGAGAAAGGGAUCGGCAAAUAGAACUCGCGAUUGGACGUUUAGAAAAAGAAACCCGGAAUAUGAAGUCAAAUCUUCAAAAAAGUUCCGAUAAUAAAUUACGAUGCUUAACUGAAAAAUACGAGGCAGAACUGCAAAUUGUUUCUGAGAACGAACAAGUUGUAAAAGCAAAAUUGGCUUCUGCCCAAGAAAGACUUGAAAAUGUGGAAAGUCGUUUGGAAAGGACUGAACAUAUUUUACAGCAGCGAAUUAUUGAUUUGCAGAAUGCCCGAAAAUCCCUAGAAACUUUGACAGUGGAGAGAGACAACGCGAAAAAAGUAGUUCGACAAGAGAUCGAAUCUGAGAAACGGGAACUAGAAGACAAAAUUGCCUCGCUUUAUCGAGAACUCACUGAAAAUAAUUCCAGCAGAGACACACUUAUGACGCAAUUGUACAGCAGGAUAAAAUUAAUAAUUACCCAGAAGGAUCUCUCGAUAAAAAACCUCGUCCAAGAAACGACAGAGGCGAAGAAAAAAUGCGACCACUUGGAGAAACUGUUGGAUCAGCAGAGAAAAGAAUAUGUACUGAAAUCUUUGUAAAUAUUAACAACAACAAAAAGAAUACUAUUUUCUGUAAUUUAGAAAUGUAAGGA